AGGCUCCUCUCCCAUAGAGCAACUCUGCCCAGCCCAAGCAAACCAGCUUUGGGACUUUGAAUGAACAUAUUUACAUCAACCUCUCUCUUCAUGUCGACUUCUCUGGAAACAUUCACACAGAUGCCAUGGUUACUCCUACCACGAUCUUACAGGUGAACAAGGUGAUGUCCAUCUUGUUUUAUGUGAUAUUUCUUGCUUAUCUUCGUGGCAUCCAAUCUACCAACAUGGAUCAAAGGAGUCUGCCAGAAGAGUCGAUAAAUUCUCUCAUUAUUAAACUCAUUCAGGCAGACAUUUUGAAAAACAAACUCUCCAAGCAGAUGGUAGAUAUCAAGGAAAACUAUCAAAACACUAUGCAGAAAACAGAGUCUCAGCAGGACGAGGAUGGAGUUGAAAAUGUGAAAUCAGACUUCCAGCCAGUGAUCCCAAUGGAUGCAGAACUAUUAAGGCAACAGAAACGCUACGGUUCUCCCCGGGUCCUCUUGAGUGACAAUACCCCAUUGGAACCUCCACCUUUGUAUCUUAUGGAAGAUUAUAUUGGAAAUUCUGUAGUGGUGAACAGAACCUCCAGGAGGAAAAGGUAUGCAGAACAUAAGAGCCAUCGAGGGGAAUAUUCUGUAUGUGACAGUGAAAGUUUAUGGGUUACGGACAAAUCAUCGGCUAUCGACAUUAGAGGACACCAGGUAACAGUGCUAGGAGAAAUUAAAACAGGCAACUCUCCCGUCAAACAAUAUUUUUACGAAACAAGGUGUAAAGCAGCCAAACCGGUAAAAAAUGGCUGCCGUGGCAUUGAUGAUAAACACUGGAACUCCCAGUGCAAAACAUCCCAAACGUACGUAAGAGCACUGACUUCGGAAAACAAUAAACUCGUAGGCUGGCGAUGGAUAAGAAUAGACACAUCCUGCGUGUGUGCGUUGUCGAGAAAAAUAGGACGAACAUAAGUCUGCAUUUCUUUGCUAUAUAAAUUAUUACUUUAAAUUAUAUGAUAUGCAUGUAGCAUAUAAAUGUUUAUAUGGUUUUAUAUAUUAUAAGUUGACCUUAUUUAUUAAACUUCAGCAAACCUACAGUAUAUAAGCUUUCUCUCUCAAUAAAUAGGAGUAAAAUGGCAUGUGCCUCAGCUGUGGGCAGCUGCAGUUUUAUUAGAAUAUGUUUGUGACUCUGCUUAGCAGCAGCAUACCAUAAUCUUACUGUAAAAUCUGUGUAACGUCAGUAUUUUUCAUUCAGUAUUGUCAAGCCAGUGACUGUCAUUUAGUAAACUUGUUAAAAAUCAGAUAAAUGUCAAGAGUUGUGUACCCAUUUCUAUCCCCUGCUAUAUAUUUUCACAAGACAAAGUAGGCGAGGGAAUAGAUUUUAUUGGAGCAACUUCUGCUAGUGGAAAAAAAGACAAGCUUUCGAGCUACACAGAGUUCUUCUUCAGGCCCAGACCUGAAGAAGAACUCUGUGUAUGUCAAAAGCUUCUCCCUUUCACCAACAGAAGUUGCUCCAAUAAAACGUAUUACCUCACCCAACUUGUCUCUCUAAUAUCCUGGGACCAACACAGCAGCAACAACACUGCAAACCACAUAUAUUUUCAUAUUUAAUUAAAAGUGUUAAUUUCUCACCACUGAAAGGAAAACAACAUGGCCUACAGCUAACAUUAACAUUCCAGCCACUGACUAGCUGUAAAAUACGUUUUCUGUACGUCAUGCCAGUUUUGCCACUACAAUUACUGUUGUUUUUCCUCUGUUAGCAUUCCAGAACUGCUGCUAAUAACCCAGCAAUUUUACUUUAGGUUUUUGAAGCACAUUUGUUUUGUAACUGGUUUUUAAUGCUGCCAAUUCCUUUUAGAAGUAAUAGGAAAAAAUCUAAAAUAUUUGUAACAGAACCUUACCAAUGCCAAGAAGCAAUCUAAGUGGAUCAUUAAUAUAAUAUAUAAAAGAUGAUUUCUUUAGAGUAUACUAUUUAUUGUGAUCAGGUUCCUCCUCUCCAAUAAUCUGUUAACUCUGCUGCAUCGUUACAUUGUUUCUAUCUGCCUGGGGUUUUUAAAUUAGAAACAAAACCGUUGGUGUCUUAACUUUAAAAGAAGCUUGGGUUUAGAGUUCUAGGAAAGAAGAAUACAAUCUUGGAGUGGAUGUCAAAGCUGCACUUUCAUUCAAAGCUGCAGUGCUGGUCAGCAUCAAUUGCCGAUUUUUCAUGGAGAAAAACAGCUGUAGAAAUGCUCAGCAAACCUGGUAUUUUAUGGAGGAUCGUUGAAGAAUUACUGUUUUCUGUGUGGCAUGCGAUUAAGAAUCAGGUUCUCAAGUAGGCAAUAGUUAAAAUGAACCUGCAGUGUCAUACAGACGAGUUAACACUUACAAAAAAAAAUAAAUGGACCGCUGUAUACCUCACACAGACAUUUCUAAAUUCUGUGCACAAAACUUGUUCUAUUCUUUGCAUUAUUAUGUAGAAGCAACAUAAAUAUGCAUUGAGCAAAAACUUUAGCCAUUGUAAAAUGGAGCAGCUCCAUGGAAGACAGUGUAAACCACAUUAUACCAUAUAAUGGACCAGACUUUACUUUCAUUAAAGCAUAUGGAAGUUUAGUCACUGACAUCAAUGGUCUGCGCAAGAUUAAGCUCCCUAUAUUAUCUAUAUCAGGUUGGAUCUUAAGAAUAACACAACCAGAGAGUCAGAAACUGCCCCCAAUUUAAUAGACAUCACAAUUGCAAUGUACCACAUUCAAAAAUUGUUAAACGAGCACUCUCUCCUUUGCAUUCAACUUUCAUAAAUUAAAAAAAAAAGAGCCACAGCACCAAAACAGUAGGUGGCCUGAUGGCUUUGUACCUAUAUCUUUUCACCACUGGAGAACCAGGUUCAAAUCCUCAAUAAGUCACAAGAGGAAAUGAAUUGGGUGGUCUCUCUAAUCCCCUAUGGACAGUGUAACACAUCAUAAAAACACUGCAGAACUGGUCCAGAUUGCUCAUGAGGCCAAGGAUUGAGAUAGCUGUAAGCCAGGAUUGGAAUACACCAGCAGGACUGUGAGGAUGAUUGUAUACAGAACCUGACAGCAUUAGGUGUGGCUCCCACUAGACCCCUGAUCUUACAAGGUGCAAAAAACUCUCAGGUCCCUAGUCGGGUUGCUCAGUACCUCACAGGAGGCAUCCAGCACUUUGCAGGAUUAAACCCUAAAUUCACCUUUCUCGCCUCAAGCAAUAAUAGAGGUUCUGUACCACGAUGAUCAUUAAAGUGUAGGAUCUGGUUUAUAUGGUGAGAAAGUCAUGGCUUGUCUAUGAGACCAGUUAGCGCACGGCAAGUUGGGGUAUAAAUGAACAGUGCACUAGCCUGCGAGCACAAACAUCUGUGUAGACCCCGCUGCCGGUCAACUAAAAGUUCUUCUGUGCACUUUGAUCUACUCCCAUUUCAAAGUGAGGGUGAUCAAAGGGCACUAUAGAACUUUUAGUGCACAGUAGCAGGGUCCAUAUCAAUGGUUAGUGUGCGGCAAGCUACUGCAAGGUAGGUAUAUACCCCAGCUUGCUGUGUGCUAACUGUUCAUCUAGACAAGCCCUCCAUAUCUCAUAGAGGUGGUUGUAAACCCCCCCUCUCUUUGGAGAAUUCCAAUGAAAAAAAAUAAACAGUCAUUUUUACUGAAAUUUUCAGUGCAAAAUUUUGACUUUUCAUUGAAAAAACCCAAAGCAAUUGUUUUUCAGUUUUCUGCCAAAAAAAUUCUGUUUCCCACUGAAAAAGGGGGGAAAUGUUAAGGAAAGCAGAUGCUUUCAAUGAACAUCUGCAUUUAAUCAAAUCCCCGAUUUUCCAUUUAAUAAAAAGAAAACUUUUGAUGGAAAAUUUUCAGCCAGUUCUGGUAGCUAAGCUAUUCAGAGACAAGCAGGCAGCCUUACAUUCAGGGAUCUUGGCACUUCAGCAUCCAGUGUAUGUCUAUAUCUAUGCGCUAAAUUAAGUAGUGAAAUUAACUGAGCUUGUUAGACACUGCUACUUACUUGAAAAGACUCGUCAUUUCCAUUUACUUUAGUGAGUCUGUUGCCAUUAACAGGGUAGCUUCUGCUCUCAGUAACACGAGUGUAAAUCCACAGUAAUUCCACUGAAAUCAACAGAGACACGGUAAUUCUACUGAAGUCAGAUUUACACCAAUGUAAUUAACAUCAGAAUCUGGCCCAAAACCUUCACUUCAGCUUUUUGAAAAUAAGGAGACUUAACCCUUGAGAAAAUCAUUUUCUAUUUUCUCAUGUAAAUCAUGUAAUUAGAACUGGCACAGGACUCUAGCUUUAUCAGUGUAUGGAGUGUUUUGCAAGUGGAAAAAGAAAGUUGCAAAGAAAAUGUGCGGUAUAGUGCUGAUCAUCUGAAAUGUAUUACAUGACAAACAAACAUGGUGCAUAAGGUUAUUAGAUUGACUGCCUCAUUCCCACCUUUGUAUAACAAUGAAAAGAAGUGUUACCCUUAGGCUCUGAUCCAACUCCUACUAAAGUCAAUGCAACAAUUGCCAUUGAUUUCAAAGGAAACUGGAUCGGGCCCUGAGUGAAGAAAAGCUACACAUCUCAACAAUGCUGUAGUUUAAUUGUAUGUGUCGGUUACAUGUUUUUAUAAAUCCUGUGUGUAAGAUUUCCUGUGUAUAUUUCACAGCAGGUAAGCAUACAAAGCCUGUGCUAAAUGCGUAGGGUCUGAUCCUGCACAGUCACUGUAGUCAGGGAGAGUUCCGUUUGCUAUUGACUUCAGUGGUGGCUCAAGGAGGUCCGGAGUUCUCUAGCCAACUUCUUUGUAUCAAUUGCUUAAAUGAAAUAAGUAGCCCAGCAGUACUUGGUAAAUUUGGGCCUUUUUAAACUCGCUCCCAUUAGGCAGCUAACUGUCAAUAUUGUUUCCCCAAUAUUUUAUGUUAUAAAUACAUAAUUUUGUUGCAAAAACGAUUGGCUCAUACACUGGGUUUGCCUAUCUGUGUCAAACUGUGUUUUCUCCAAUUUUUUCUUGUUCUUUUACAGACCAUUUGGUAAUUGUAAAAAAUGCUCCACUGAGGUUUUGGGAAACCAUCUGCAUUUAUUUUAUCACCUUUGAACAUGUGUUCAGGAAUGAAGUCUGUGUAGCCAGUUUACGGCUACCUAGAGAUUUGCGCUGCUACACCAGGAAGAAACAUCGACUGGGCUGUACAGUGUGUGUGCUCAAAACCACUCUCAAUAUCCUGUUAUUUCAAUGCAUUAGCAAUCUGAGUUUGUCACUCAAAUAUACGUUAAAAGAAAAGGAGUACUUGUGGCACCUUAGAGACUAACCAAUUUAUUUGAG